AUGCUACUAAAUGUAACGUCUUCACAAUACGUAAGCAUGCCUCAACCCAGAAGUUUGAAUGAAAUUGACAUGUCAGAAACUUUCGCUGGCUCAUCUUCAACUACAGACCCGAUUGCUGCAUCGUCGACCGAGACCGGAUCCUCAGUUACAACAAAAUUGCUUGGAAGUCUAGAAAGCUCGAUUCAGGACCUAUCAUCAACCGCAUGUAGUACGACUUCUUUGCGUAAUUACACUUCAAAUCCACAAUAUCUGGUUAACAAUUGCUCUUCUUCUGUCCAAAGCAAUAUCACUAUUGAUAGAGGGCUGCUAAGUUCAUUGAAGACUUUUACUUCUUCAAUCGUACCAACCAUACAGCCAUCGACAACUAAACUGACGACACCACUAUUUACAACAUUUGCUUCAACCUCUGCAUCGGAAACAUACUCCGUAUUUACCAGUGACAGCGCAGUUUAUGUCAUCUAUGACCAACAAUACAAAAUUACAGAACGAUCAACAACAUUCAACACGCACUUUCCGCAAACGUCUGUACUUAAAGAAUCAAAUCCUCCGUUAACUUUUACCAUUCCAUCCGAUACCAUAACCGGAGACGCUAAACUUUAUCAAUAUUUAUCUGGUGCACUAAAUACCCAAGACGGUUCAGAUACCAACAGUAAAAGGACGGGUGUUAUUGUCGGCUCUACGGUUGGAGUUGUCAUCGGGGUCGUAGUUGUAAUUUUUAUCGGAUUCGUAAUUAUUAGAAAUAGAAGAAACGUGAAAAAUCGUAGCAAAAAGGGCUUUAGCCAUGAUAUUGGCAAAAGAGUGAGUUGCGAUGAGGUAAAAAAGGGAGAAACACUCUCAAACCCGUUCCUAAAUGAACUUAAUUAUAAAGUAACAACCAAUAGCGAGAAUAAACGAGAUUCUUUUGAAAAUGGUAGAGAUUUACGCAGAGGUAGUUCCUCAGAUGGUUUAUACAUAGCACACCCUUAUUAUGGGAUGGAAGAUCAUGAAGCCGGACGAUUUUCAUACUUGUCGUCAUACAACGGAUCUACCGGAUCAUCCAUCGAGGAAACGAGUUCCAGUGCGUCUACUAUCACUCGGCCAAAUAUUCAACAAACGAAUAGCUUUUUGAGAGAAAUUAUUUAA